AUGCCUUCGAGGAAAGGUUAUAUAUAUAUAUAUACAAACAGUAGACAACCAGCAUCUCUAGACUUUAACAAUACUUAUCCCGCUGCCUAUCCUUCGGAACAACACUCACAACUUCAUCGGAACGGAAAACAAUACCAAUACCCCUGUAAUAAUAAUAUAAUGUUCAGAUCAUCCAUACUAAGAACCACUACAAGAAGACUUCUUUCCGUAAAACAUCAACCUUCCAUCGGGAAAUAUACGGGGAAACCAAACCCUUCCACGGGGAAGUACACCGUUUCAUUCAUUGAAGGUGACGGUAUCGGACCAGAAAUCUCCAACUCCGUGAAACAAAUCUUCUCCGCUGCUAAGGUCCCCAUUGAAUGGGAAACUUGUGACGUGACACCAUUGUUCAUCGAUGGGUUGACCACUAUCCCAGAACCUGCUGUCCAAUCCAUUAAUAAGAAUCUGGUCGCCUUGAAGGGCCCUCUAGCCACUCCAAUUGGUAAGGGUCACAGAUCUUUAAAUCUUACAUUGAGAAAAACUUUUGGUUUAUUUGCUAAUGUUCGUCCCGCUAGAUCAGUAAAGGGGUUUAAGACCACUUAUCCAAACGUCGAUCUUGUAUUGAUUAGAGAAAACACAGAAGGUGAAUAUUCUGGUAUUGAACAUGUCGUUACCCCCGGUGUUGUACAAUCCAUCAAAUUGAUCACUAGAGAAGCCUCUGAAAGAGUCAUUAGAUACGCAUUCGAAUAUUGUAGAGCCAUUGGAAGACCAAGAUUGGUCGUGGUGCAUAAAUCAACAAUUCAAAGAUUAUCAGAUGGGUUGUUUGUUAACGUUGCCAAGGAAUUAUCUAAGGAAUAUCCUGAUAUUCAAUUCGAAACUGAAUUGAUUGAUAAUACAGUAUUGAAAGUGGUUUCUAAUCCAAGCUCAUACACUGAUGCUGUAUCCGUAUGUCCAAAUUUGUACGGUGAUAUCUUGUCUGAUUUGAAUUCAGGUUUAAGUGCAGGUUCCCUAGGGUUGACUCCAUCAGGUAAUAUUGGUAAUGAAAUUUCCAUCUUUGAAGCUGUUCAUGGAUCUGCUCCAGAUAUUGCAGGUAAGAACAUGGCUAAUCCAACUGCAUUGUUGUUAUCCUCUGUAAUGAUGUUGAAUCAUAUGGGUUUAAGUAAACAUGCUGAUCAAAUUGAAAAUGCCGUCUUAUCCACCAUUGCCUCCGGUCCUGAAUCAAGAACUGGUGAUUUAGCUGGUACCGCAACAACAUCUACUUUCACUGAUGCAGUCAUUAAAAAAUUAUAA